UGGGGAAGAACUGCUUUUAAAGCCUUUCGUGUCCUUUUUCCUGGAAUGUCUUUUCCCGCUUUGCUUAGUCAUGCUUACAUUGAGGAAUAGGAGGUAGAUUGCAGCUCCACUUCCUGGCUCAGCACAGCACACAAGCUACUGCAUACAAAUGGCUCAAACAAAGGAACAGAGGAUCUUGGAGUUUGUAAAGCAAAAUGCAACUAAGGGUGACCCUCAAAGCGUGGUGGACCAAAUCGACAAAUACUGCAGCUUAAAGGAAUGGGCUAUGAAUGUGGGAGAUGAAAAAGGCCUGAUUCUGGAUAAUGUGGUCAAAGAGACAAAUCCAACCACAGCUCUGGAACUGGGCACAUAUUGUGGGUAUUCUGCUGUCCGGAUAGCCCGUUUACUGAAGCCAGGAAGUCGUCUGCUCACCAUAGAGAUGAACCAAGGAAAUGCUGCUGUGGCAAAAGAGAUAAUAGCGUUUGCUGGCAUGCAAGAUAAGGUAGAGAUUCUGGAAGGCUCCACAGAGGUAAUCAUUCCGAGCCUAAAAAUGAAGUAUGGUGUGGAUCAAAUAGACUUUGUAUUUAUUGACCAUUUCGGGAACAGAUAUACAGCUGACACUAAGUUACUUGAGGAAUGUGGCUUAAUUAAAAAGGGAUCUGUGUUACUAGCAGACAAUGUUGUGUAUCCCGGGGCUCCAGAUUUCCUUAAAUAUGUCAGGACAAGUGGACGCUAUGACUGCACAAACUAUCCAUCGCAUGUAGAGUACACCGAUAAGGAGGAUGCCCUGGAAAAGGCUGUUUUUAAGGGCGAGUAAUGCGGAAUUACAGGAGAUGGGCUAUAUCUGCAUUAAACUAGAAAUGAAGAAAAAAUACAAGAAAUUGUCAAAAACCAACCAAAGAAAAAUAUCUUACUGCCCACUUUUGAUACAAUUCUUGUUCUUAUCAUUUCACUAACACUUUUGUAUUGUUAAAUAAACAUUGACCCUUGAACAAUGAUCUUUGAAGUAAUAAUAAAUCACUGCACUAUU